AUGGAUUCAGAUGAGCUGGAAGCCUUCCAGCAGGAACUCACCUGCUCCAUCUGCAUGAACUGCUUCCUGGACCCCGUCACCAUAGACUGUGGGCACAGCUUCUGCCGUCCCUGUCUGAGCCUUUGCUGGGAAGAAGGCCAGACUCCAAGGAGCUGCCCUGAGUGCAGGGGAAUAUCAGAGAGGCCUGAUUUCAAAACCAAUACUGCCCUCAAGAGGCUGGCUUCCCUUGCAAGACAGGCCAGAGCUGACCACGUCCACCACUCUGAGGAGCAGAUCUGUGAGACACACCAGGAAGCCAGAGGCCUCUUCUGUGAGGCUGACCAGACCCUGCUCUGCAGGCCCUGCUCUGAACGCCCCAAGCACGCAGCUCACAGCCACAGUCCAAUACACAGGGCUGCUGAGGAGUCCCGGGAAAAAUUUCUGAAGAGAAUGGGCUCUUUAUGGAAAAAGAGAGAAGAAAUGCAACUCAUUCUGAACCAGGAAGCUAAGAAAGCUUGGUCAUUUAAGAAAUAUGUGGCCCUAAGGAAGGUAAUGAUUAAAUUUGAAUAUCAGAGGAGGCAUCCAUUGCUCCAGGAGGAGGAGAAACUGCAUCUGGACGCUCUGAAGAAAGAAGCCAAGGAGAUUUGUCUACAACUCAAGGAGAGUGUGUUCAGAAUGACUCAACAGAGAGAAAGUCUGAAACAAAUGUACAGAAAGCUGACUGAGAUGUGCCACAAGCCAGACACGGAACUGCUCCAGGUAAGAAACAUUUGUUUCAGGACCAACUUGGCAUAUAUGCAGAAUCCUCAGCCAGUGAACCCAGAGCUCACUUGCUGGCCUGUCACUGGAAUCCUAGACAUGCUGAACAACUUCAGAGUGGAUAAUGUUCUGACUCAGACAACCAUUCACCAUGUGAGCCUUGAUGAUGCAAGUGUGAUGUCGGGAGAUGAUCCCCAUGGCCUGUCCAGACAGUUCGAUGGUGGGGAGAGCUUUGUGGCCUGGGGAGCUCAGGCUUUCACUUCCGGGAGGCAUUACUGGGAGCUGGAUGUGACACACUUCUCCAACUGGAUUCUGGGGGUCACUAAAGAUAUCUUGACAAGUGAUACUAUUAUCCGUAUUAAUUAUGAAGAAGCAUUUCUUCUAUUUUCUGAAAAGGUGAACGACCAGCAUAGUCUCUUCACCAACUCCCCACCCUUAGUUCAGUUUGUGAAAAGGCCUCUGGGUAGGAUUGGAGUGUUCCUGGAUUAUGACAAUGGAGCUGUGAGCUUCUAUGAUGUUUCCAGAGGAUCCCUCAUAUACAGUUUCCUUCCUUCCUCCUUCUCCUGCCCUCUGAAGCCUUUCCUUUGCCUUAAGUCUCCGUGA